CGCAAACAUCGCGGAAAGAUCUCUGGCGGUUCCCCGGGAGGUUCGGUAUAUUGCCGUCGCGAUAGAUCGAAUCAGUUCGCGAGCACCGCGCACGCGUUUUUCAUUUGUAAUGAUAAUCGCGAUAAAAAAUUCCAGCGAUCGGACUAGUUUUCGAACAAGCGUUGGAAGAGGAAGACAACGAUCGACCGAUUCCCUGCUGGAGCGAUGACGGACGGAAGAGGCAACGGCAAAAUCCCGACGAUAAGUGCUAGAUGCGACAAUGUCAACGUCGACGGAGCUGAGGAUCUCAAGAAGGCGAUAUCGGCGACAGGCUACGGAACUUUAAAUGUGCUGCUGCUGGUGGCAGCUCUGCCAGCCGCUUGGGCCGGAAUCUUCGACACAACCACGACUGCCUUCAUUUUAGCCUCCGCCGAGUGCGAUCUGCAACUCACGUUCUUCCGUAAAGGCGUUUUGUUGGCUAUUCCAUUUGUAGGCAUGACACUGACCAGCUUUUUAUGGGACCACAUAAUACCGUACGUCGGAAUAAGGAAUCUUUUCGUCGUCGGGCUUCUGGCAGACACAGUUCUGAACGUGCUCAGUACCGUUGUCGACUCGUACUACGCGUUCCUGGCGAUCAAACUCCUGUGCGGCGUUCUCGUCGGCGGCCCGUUUUCGAUGGUGAUGACUUACUUGUCCGAAUUUCAUUCGGCACAGUACAAAGCGGGCUUCACCAGGUGGGCGGGACUCCUCGUGAACGUGGGCAUCAUAAUUCCGGCGGUCGUAGCGUUUCUGGUCUUGCCUCUGCCUCUGACGGUCGAGAUAUUCGAUCGACGAUACAACAGCUGGCGAAUCUACUUGCUGAUCUGCACGACGGUGCCGUUGAUCGGUCUCCUCACGGCCAGCACUUUGCCGCAAACUCCAAAGUACCUCGUGGAAAUCGGCAGGCCCGACGAAGCGCUGAAGUUGUUGCGAACGAUGUACUCUGUCAACAGGUGGGAGUCGGCCGAUACCUUUCCGAUAAAAACGCUCUUCGCGCGGCAGAAUGUGCAGCUAUCGCGGUGGUCCUUAUUCAAGGAGAAUUCCGAAAAACUACUGCACGCCUGCUACAACGCCAAACAGCUAUUCUCCGGGCCGUAUUUGCGCCCCGUUUCUCUCCUCAGUUUCCUCCAAUUUGGUAGCAUGCUGGCAUUUAACACGAUGAGACUAUGGGUGCCGCACAUGUUCAUGAUUCUGAGCAAUUUCGACGUCGAGAGGUGGACCGAAGAUCGGCCGCCAACCAUGAUCGAGAUGCUGGACCCUCGAAAAACCGUGCCAGCCAGAGAUUAUUUGAGCUGUCCGGAUUUCGAUGAUAUUUGCAUGACGUGGAAAAUCAACGGGGCGGUGUAUCAAAAGUCUGCCAUGAUCGCGACGUCGGCGGUGGUCUCCGGGUUUCUCUCCGGAUUGAUAGCUACCACCAAUUUUCGAAAAAAGAUGUUAUUACUGGCUGGUUUCCUCGUAGCGAUGGUAAGCAGUUUUGGAGCGAAUUGGGCACAGGCUCCUCUCUACAUGCUGCUACUGUGUAUCGCCGUUAUCGUCACGACGAGAGUAACGGGUAAUAUCGUCACCGCCAUGAACACCGACGUAAUUCCUACCCUGCUAAGAUCCACCAAUCUUAGCAUCCUGACAGCCGUUGGGAACAUAGGAGCUAUUCUAGGGAAUUUAAUAUUUUCCGCGCUAUUGGGAUUGGACAGCGUCGUUGCAUUCCUGGGCCUGGGUUGCCUGUUGCUUGCCUGCUUUUGCCUGUCCUUCUUGCAACCGGGACCCGUGAAGCCGUCGCCGAAAACUAUCGAUCAGCCUAGUGUGUGAUAUGCCAACGAACAAGACGAGAAUAACUACAUGGCCGAAGCCUACGAGCUGCGCGAACAAACUCGCAGUCUUCCAUUCACCGUAUCCUAGAACCUGUCGCGAGUCGGAGUACAACAACCUGCUUGCGAGUUCCAGAUACGUUACUCGCCUCGCGCUACUACAGCCAUUGUAAUUCAUUUUUAUGU